UCAGCAAUAUCCACACAAUUCCCUACUCAAUCCUUCAAACAUCAUUAUCCUCCUCCUCCUCCUCAUCAUCAUCAUCAUCAUCUUCUUCUUCUUCUUCUUCUUUUUCUUCUUCUUCAUCUUCUUCAUCUCAGGUUUUGAGAAUUCCAGCCAUGGUUCCCAAUGAGAUAGGAGGGUUUCACUAUUCAGCUCCUGAAAACCCCAUCUUAGUUCCUCCAAACUUUGGCUUGUUUCAACAUGGUGAUAUCCAAAACCAGCUUCACCUGAACACCCUCUUGAGCAAUUUGCCAAACUGCUACUUCCCUUCUGGUUCAGGAAGCCUUGAGUUUAUCCCUCCUCGUCCACCUGCUUCUUCAAGCUGCCUCAGUAGCAACUCAACUUCUGAUGAGGCUGAUGAGAUUCAGCUCAGUAUCAUUGAUGAAAGGAGGCAGAGGCGAAUGAUAUCAAACAGAGAGUCCGCUAGGAGGUCCAGGAUGAGGAAGCAGAAGCACUUGGAUGAACUGUGGUCACAAGUGGUGAGGCUUAGGAAUGAGAACUACAACCUCAUUGACAAACUGAACCAUGUGUCUGAGUCACAUGAUAGAGUUGUUCAGGAGAAUGCACGCCUCAAGGAAGAAGCUUCUGAUCUUCGUCAGCUGCUUGCUGACCUAAAAAUUAGCUCUUCUUUUGCUGACACCAUGAGCGAUUUUGAUGAACUCAGAGCUGAGCUCUCAAACUAAUCUAGCACUUCUUUAAAAAUGGAGGCUUUUCCCUUUUGUUUUAUGUUUUCUCUUUUUCCUUACUAUAGAAACAUACUACUCUGCUUCUUCUUCUAGUAUUAUGGUUUAUAUGAGCAUCACCCUCCCUUGCCUCCAUUAGAGCUGGUUGAGUUUACAUACAGAUAUUCAAUAACAGCUCUUGAUGAUUUUUCCCCC